AUGGGGAAGCGACUUGGUCUCCAGGCACUGUUUCGCCGUAAAAAACAGGAAAUUGAUGAUGAGGAGCAAGAGGAUGCUAUGAGACGACUCGACUCACGGUCCUCGUACAUGCAACAACGACGACGUAUCUACGUGAAUAUGGAAUUACCUGCAUCCGAGUACGACGACAAGGGCAAACGCAUUAAUAACAGCAUUGUCAGCAACCGUAUCCGCACAGCAAAGUACACGCCUCUCACAUUUAUACCCAAGAACCUGUUUGAGCAGUUUAGAAAUGUCGCCAACUUGUACUUUUUGUUCUUGGUCAUUCUUCAAUGCAUUCCUAUCUUUGGUGUUGUUCAACCUGCCGUCUCUGCUUUGCCGUUGAUUGCCAUUCUUAUCAUCACCAGCAUCAAGGAUGGCUUCGAGGACUGGAAACGCACCCAAAGUGAUAGUCGCGUGAAUAAUGCCAAGACUUUGACGCUGAACAGCAAAUGGUCCAAUGUCAACAUUCCCAAUGAGAACCACGGCCCCUUCCACUUUUUACAUGUUAUUCUCGGCUUUUUUCAUGUCAUGGCGGGUAUCGAUAGCUCCUAUUCACAAGCGUAUCGUACCUCAAAGCGCAAUCGCAAAAACAAAAAGCAUAGCAAGCCCAAAAAGAAGAAACAUCCUCAUCAUCAUCAUGCUCAUCCCUAUCCUCAAGAACGCCGUGGUACAGAAGACAAGUUACCAUUGACCGAGUUACCUGCAGCACAUGGAAUAGCAUCAUCCGCAUCAUCACAGCAUGGUCCAACGGAGCCUCAUAAGGCUCACAUGCAUCCUUUUUCUUUACGCCAUGGCACCAUCCGCACUGAACUUGGCAGCAUCUUUAGAAAGAAUAAAGGUCGUCAUCGUCAACAGCAUCCAUUUCAUCAUCAACGUACCGAUUCAGCAUCGACACGCCAUUCAGUCUUGUAUCGUGUACGUACUCAAGAAAGUACAGCACCUGUGCCUUCCUUACGACGCUCUUCCACUGUUCAUCCACCGAGUUUGCCACGUGACAAGAAGAAUGAACGCCCGCCUCUUGAAGGCAAGCUUGCCGCCAAUGGCGAUGUACGCUGGAAGACGACCCAAUGGAAAGAUCUGAAUGUGGGCGAUUACAUUAUGAUGCGUAGUAGUGAUGAUGUUCCCGCUGAUGUGGUCAUUCUUGCUACUUCGGAUGAUGACAAUAUUUGCUAUAUCGAGACUCAAAACUUGGAUGGCGAAACCAAUCUCAAGGUCAAGAAUGCUCUCUCUGCCACCAAGGAUAUUGCAUCCGUUGAGGAUUGUCAAAAUGCCGAAUUUUACAUUGAAAGCGAACCACCCCAUGUCAACUUGUAUGCCUACAGCGGUGUCAUGAAGUGGCAAAUCGAUGCUGAAGAAGCCGAGGAUGGUAUCCCUUAUGAAAAGACCGAACCUAUCACUUACAGCAACCUCUUGCUUCGUGGAUGUGUUGUUCGUAAUACCGAUUGGGUCAUUGGUGUCGUCGUCUUUACUGGCAGGGAUACCAAGAUCAUGCUCAAUUCCGGUCAAACCCCUUCCAAACGCAGUAAAAUGGCCAAAGCAACCAAUCCUCUUGCCAUUGCCAACUUUGUUAUCCUUGCUAUCAUUUGUAUCAUCAGCUCUAUCUUUGACAGCGUGCAGUAUCAUUCGGCAGGCUCUAUGCGCUUUUUCGAUUUUAAUAUUAGCGGUGAUAGUGCAGCCUACAAUGGCUUUUUAACAUUUUGGGUGACCUUGAUUUUAUAUCAAAACAUUGUGCCUAUUUCACUGUAUAUUUCGGUGGAGAUUGUAAAGACGCUUGGUGCCUACUUCAUUCAUGCAGACAUUGACAUGUACCAUGCCCCGACGGAUACACCAUGCAUUGCCAAAACUUGGAACAUCUCAGAUGACUUGGGCCAAAUUGAAUACAUCUUUUCCGACAAGACCGGCACCUUGACACAGAAUGUGAUGGAGUAUCGCAAAUGUACGAUCAACAGCAUAAAGUAUGGCUUGGGCAUGACCGAAGCAUCGAUGGGUGCCAAGUUGCGUGAAACAGCUGAAAAACGACAAUCCAUGCGAUCGCUUGGCCAAUCAAUCCCUCUUGACUUGGAGGAUGCAGCAACCACCAUCAAGGGAGAAGAAGACCCAAUGCAAGUGCUUGAAGCAGCCAAAAAAGAAAUGUACGACAAACAAGCCUUGCUCUUUGAGAACAAGCAUGUGGGUGCGAAUCCUACUUUUAUUGAUCCCAAGUUGUAUGACCAUUUGGGCCAAGAUGGUGCUCAAGCUGCCUCGAUUAUGCAUUUCUUCAUGUCAUUGGCUUUAUGCCAUACGGUGGUUGCCGAACGUCCCGAUGAAGAAAAUCCCGACCAGAUCGAAUAUCGUGCUCAAUCGCCAGAUGAAGCAGCCCUCGUAGCAGCAGCACGUGAUGUUGGCUUUGUUUAUUUGGGUCGUGAAGGCAAUACGUUGAAUGUGCAAGUGCGUGGAGAGCCCAUGUCCUUUGAACUCCUCAAUGUGCUCGAAUUCAACUCUACACGUAAACGUAUGAGCGUGAUUCUACGACCCCAUGACAGUAACAAGAUCAUUCUCUUGUGCAAGGGUGCUGAUUCCAUUAUUUACGAACGCCUGUGCACUGAUUUUGGUAACCAAGCUGAAUUGGAAGCAGCACAAACAGAAUUGCGUACAACGACAAGUAGCCAUCUUGAAGAUUUUGCCAAUGAAGGCUUGCGUACCUUGUGUCUUUCCUAUCGAUUCAUUUCUGAAGAGGAAUAUGCAGCAUGGAAUCAACGUUAUCAGGAGGCGAGUGCCAGUUUAUAUGACCGUGAACAAAAGAUCGAUGAUGUAGCCGAACAAAUCGAGUGCAACAUGUUGCUCAUGGGUGGUACGGCGAUUGAAGAUCGACUUCAAGAUGGUGUGCCUGAAACUAUUGCCGAGCUUGCCAAAUCGGGUAUCAAGCUUUGGGUGUUGACGGGUGAUAAGACUGAGACGGCCAUCAACAUUGGCUUUGCAUGCAACUUGUUGACUACGGAUAUGGAACUUGUCAUUGUCAAGGCACAAACGCGUGAGGAUACAGCUGCCGAGUUACGUUCAGCCCUCGAUCGUACGGAUCCACAAACGUCACCUUCCGAUAUCAAACGUGCUUUGGUCAUUGAUGGUACCACCCUCAAAUAUGGUCUCGAACCAAAGAACAAAGCCAUGGUGCUCGAACUCGGCAUGCGAUGUACAAGUGUUCUUUGCUGUCGUGUAAGUCCAAAGCAGAAAGCUGAGGUUGUACGCCUUGUCAAAAAGGGUCUCAAGGUGAUGACCUUGGCUAUUGGUGAUGGUGCCAACGAUGUAUCCAUGAUUCAAGAAGCCAAUGUCGGAAUUGGUAUCUCGGGUCUCGAAGGUCGACAAGCGGUGAUGGCGUCGGACUAUGCAAUUGCUCAGUUCCGGUUCUUGCAUAAACUAUUGCUGGUGCACGGUCGUUGGUCAUACCUACGCACAUCCGAAAUGAUCAUGGGCUUUUUUUACAAGAACAUUGUUUGGACAUUUGUCCUGUUUUGGUAUCAAAUCUUUUGCCAGUUUACCGGAUCCAUGAUGUUCGAGUACUCGCUUGUGACCCUCUACAAUUUGAUCUUCACGUCAUUACCAAUCAUCUUUUUGGGUAUUUGGGAUCAAGAUUUAGACGCCAAGACUUCGCUUCGCUACCCUGAGCUCUAUCGUAUGGGCUUACGUAACGACGUGUUCACGACACCACGCUUUUGGCUUACAGUAUUUGAUUCGAUCUACCAAUCGGUCGUAUGCUUCUUUUUCCCAUACAUGCUCCUAGUAGCCGGCAACAUUGAUCAGAAUGGAUACCUCGCCAACGGCAUUUAUGAAAUUGGUACGGUGGUCUCAAGUAUUGUUGUAUUCGUGGUCAACUUUUUCGUGGCCGUGUCAUUGUAUUCAUUUACAUGGAUACAAAUUGGUAUCAUUUCCUUGUCGAUUCUCGUGUACUAUGCAUUCGUCGGCAUUUAUGCACAAUUCAAUACCUUUGUCUUUGCUGGUCAUGUUCGCAUGUUUGGAUCAGGUUACUAUUGGCUCGUGUUUAUUCUCACCGUCGUCGCUUGUUUUGUCCCUCGUUAUGCAGCCUUGCAUGUUCUGAAUCAAUAUCGCCCUUACGACAAUGCCAUCAUUCGUGAAAAAGAACUCGUUUUAUCAAACACACGUUCCUUGGAUGCAUCCGAAAAAGGUCACCCUCCUUCUUCAUCAUCAAGAACCAUUACCGACGAAGGUCCCUUUGAAGAUAUCAAAAUGGAAGAGCAGCGAUAA